AUGGAUCCGCCCACUAAGGUUCUCUUGGUAGGAGUUACCACAGGGAGUGGAGGAACCAAGUAUUAUGUCAGGGGUACAGGUGAUAAGUGGAUCGAACUGGAACAACUCUCAAAAGAUGCUGAGGCCCUUGAGAAAAUACUUGAUGACUUAGUUUGUCAGUAUUACAAUAGAGUCACCAUUGACCUUACCAAGAGCAUAUCCACAGGUCAACAGUACUGUUGUAGCGAACAUAAAGGUAAUAAAGGUAGGAUAUCUGUUGAACCAAAGACGGUUUCUUGCCAAGAGCAUUCUAGCUCAAGCUCUAUUACAACUUAUAGACACUCCGUUCAAGGUGGAAGUCUUGCAAAGAUUAAAUAUUAUGAGAAUGGCUUAUUAAGCAGUGAACAACAUAGAAGACGUAUAACUGCUCCAGAGUUAAACUUUCCUAUCCCUGGUUUACUCAGUGUGCAUGCCUUUUACUGUGGAAAGAAUCCAGUAUUGAUAUACGUUGAUGGAGGCUCAGAUACAGGCUGGUAUAAGAAGCCUACUAAUAGUAGUAGUGGUAAAGAUGAAAAGUGGACACCAGUAAAGGAUCUCAAUGGUAUAACACCUGAAAAAAUUAAUGAUUGCAAAACCUGGAAUAAAGUUGUUGGCGAACUAAAAAAUCGUAGUAAUGGCUUACAAGACUGCCCUCAAGAGCCAGAACGACAAGAACCUCCUCUAGAGAAAAAAAGUGAAGAUAAAUCCGAUGAACAGGAUGUUGUUCAACCUGGACCUAGUGGUAUGAAGCUGCUAAAGCUGAUGGAGCUGAAGUAA